AUGCUCUCCCGUCACAUUAAUGUCUAUAAAUUUGCCGAAAAUAGUUGCAUGCCGGUGAUAUGUCGAUCAGAUUCCGCGUACAUUUGCAUUGUGUUUCUGCUCUCUAAAGUAGCCCAGGCAGUUGAGAGAGUAAAAGCUAAACUUGUUAAUGAAAAGAAAGACUUCAUGCCUCCUUUAUCUAUACUGAUCGUCGUACUCUUGUCCACAAAUCGUUUUCUUGUGGCAUAUCCCAGGAAAAUCCCAUUGAGCGUAAACGUGUCUGGAACACAGACGAGAAGGAUCCUACUCUGUCCCUCUGAGGAGUUUCCAGGUGGCCUCAAUUACAAAAUCGUCGACAACUCUAGACACAGGUACAUUAUCGGAGAUGUCUUCGACUCUGGCUUCUUAAUCUUGCAUGCAGACCCAAGUGCCGUGAGUAGAUAUGUCCUCGUAUUUGUCAGGAAGGAUGAGACCAAGUACAUCAAGAUUACGACUAGGCACAGAUAUCGUGGCGUCUGCACAACUCAAGUUAAGGAAUUCACCAAGAAGGUCUGGGACCCGUACUACAGAAGAGUAGCCAGAAUGUGA